AUGCGUCUCGUCUCUCUCUGGCUGGCCAGCCUGGCAGCGGCCGCCGUGUCCGCCUCUGAGCUGAAAGCCGUCACGCUGCAGGGCACCAUUACAAAGACCGAUGCCUCUGCCUCCGUUCCCACCGGCUCCUACAUCUCCUACGACUCCACCAUCAUGGUCAGCGAAACGGGAGAUCGCCAGCAGGCUUCGCAUACCGGCACCGCUGCCCUCUCCCCGUCCGACUCGGCAGAUGCCAACAGCACCGAGCACACCGUCACCCGCACCCGCCUGGAAACCACCGUCGUCUUCCUCACCGGCGGCGCCAAGUCGACCAAGGUCCACACCGGCACCGUAACCAUGACGCAGAACGGCACCAUGAACGCCACGUCCACCAGCUCUUCUUCGGCUGAGUUGCCCACCAAUACCCAGGCUUGCAACGGCUACCCGGAGUUCUGCAGCAGGAAGUACUCGAACAUCACCGAGGUGUGCGCUCACAACUCGCCCUUUGUCAAAGCCAACAGCGCUGCUGCCAACCAGGCCUUUGGCGUGACCACUCAGCUCAACGAUGGCAUCCGGAUGCUGCAAGCCCAGACGCAUUUCAACGCCACUACCAAGGAGUUCAACUUGUGUCACACAAAUUGCGAACUGCUGAAUGCCGGUACCCUUGUGGAUUACCUGACCACCGUGAGAGAAUGGGUUGCGGCCCACCCUUACGACGUUGUGACCGUUUUGCUGGAAAAUGCCGGAUAUGUCGGCGUGGAAAACUACACUGCCCCCAUUGAGGAUUCCGGACUGAAGCAGUACCUUUACGAGCCGCCCAAGAUCCCCAUGGGCCUGGACGACUGGCCGACGUUGACCGACAUGAUUCUCGCGACCAAGCGCGUUGUGCUCUUCUUGGACUACCAGGCCAACCAGACGGCCGUGCCGUACAUUCUGGACCAGUUCAGUCAGAUGUGGGAGUCUCCUUUCGACCCGACGGACCGCACCUUCCCCUGCACCGUCCAGCGCCCGCCAAACCUCGCCGUGCCCGACGCCAAGGCUCGCAUGUACAUGAUUAACCACAACCUGAACGCCCAGAUUUCCGUUCUUGGCACCGACCUGCUCGUGCCGAACACCGUGGACCUGGAAGUGACCAAUUCGAACAAGACGGAAAACGGCUCCCUGGAGCUGUCGGCCGAACAAUGCACCGAAAUGUGGGGCCGUCCACCCAACCGCCUUAACGUCGACUACUACAACUACGGCAACUUCAACGGUAGCGUCUUCGCCGUCGCCGCCAAGUACAACAACGUCACCUACAACGACCAGUGCUGCGGCAGCACCUCGACGUCCGGCGCGGCGGGGCUUGGCGGCGAUUCGGCCGCGCACUCGUUCAUCGCGGCGGCGCUGUCGAUCCUACUCGUCGCAUUCGCGAUGCUGUGA